AUGUCAGUUCCUGGCAAGGUAGGCACGUUUUUCGCCGGCCUGGCUGGCAAGACGACGCAUUCCAAGCUCGGCUUCAAGCUGCUUGCAUCGGACCCGGUGCUGGACACGGCGCGCCACUUUGGCUUCAAGGUGGUCGAGUACGAUGUGCCGCCGUACCCGCUGUGGACGGCGGGCGUGAUCGCGGUGCGCAUGCUCUCGUUCAUCGUCGGUUCGGCCGUGGUGGCGUACAUCCUGUACCACAACGUGGCGGUCAAAUCCAAGGCGGGCAAGUGGUUCUCGAUCGUAUCGCUCAUCAGCACGCUGCUGGCGUGGCCCAUGCUGACGGGACGCUCGGGCGUCAUGCUGCUCGACUUCUGGCGGCCCGCGCUCGGAUUCCGAUCCAGCCUGCUCGUCUGGGACAUCUUCCACAUCCGCACGCACGAUGAGGUGCGCUCGUGGUCGUUUGCGCGCUUCUUUGCGCAGCUCUGGACUUUCCCAAAGGAGCUCGACGACCUGGCCGAACGCGCCAAGGAAGAGGGCUACGAGCGCAACGCGCGCUGGGAGAACCUCAAGGGCAUGCCCAAGGUCGCCGUCGAGGCCGUCGCCAUGUUUGGAACGCUCUACUUUAUCCCGCCCUUCGAGCUGACGCGCAACAUGAGCCAGCUCGCCUACCACGGCUACUGCGAUGCGCUCGGCCUGUGCAUCCUCAUGGCGCUCGCGCUGUUCGGCGACGGUCUGCUCAAGGCGCUCGGCAUCCUCAUCAACGUCGAGAUGGCCGACAUGUUUGAGAAUCCGCUCGGAACGACCAACAUUCGCCUGUUCUGGAGCCACUGGAACCGCGCCAUCGCCACGGUGCUGCACCGCGUCGUGUUCGGCGGUGGCAAGAGCAAGACGGUCAUCCGCAAGAAGAAGCUCGAGGCCGAGGCGGCGGCCAAGCGACGAUUCUCGCACAUGGACGGCAUGUCCGAGACCGACGCCGGCCAUACCUCGGGCGAAGACGAACACGCGCACUCGAACGGCGGCCGUCGUCGCAACGCCUCGGGCCUCAAGCCUCUGUCGCAGGUCGCCGACGGCGAUGCGCAGCUUCGCAACCGCAAGAACGGCAAGGCGGACAAGAAGCCUAACGGAUCGGCUGCCUCGCGCACGGGUGCACCGGCCAAGAAGUCGUCGUUUGCACCCAAGGCGGCGGCAGCGAUCGUGACGUUUGCCAUGAGCGGCAUCUUCCACGAACACAUCACCUACUUUACGCUCGGCUUUGCCAACGGCGAGAACUUCCUCUUCUUCCUGCUCAACGGCGUCGCCACCGUGACGGCGACGUGGUUCAAACGCACCUACCCCGAACUCAACGACAAGAUCCCCACCUGGCUGUCGGUCAUCAUGCUCCACGUCUUCUUCGUCUCGGUCAUCCCGCUCUUCUGCUCGCCCUUUAUCCGCUCGGGCUUCUUUGUCCAGCUCGAGGCGCUCCGGUACGAGCUCAUGCCGAUUCGUGACAGGCCGCGUGGCAGCUUCAUCUACCUCUUUGGCCAGUAG